AUGCUUCGCAAGAAUAGCACCAGAAGCCAGAAUCGCCACCCCCUAAGCAGGAGCAAGUCGUCUGUCUCCAUAGGCCGAAAUCUAGCCCAUGAUCUCACCAACAUCGAGUCGUUGCCGGUGGAAAGAGACGCGUACAUCGCUGCGACUCUCUCUUUCAGCCGGGCUCAGCCGCAGAAUAACGAGCGAAAGUCGCCGCGCUUACAUCGACAGCAGAGUGUGAGAUUUGCUGGUCCAAAUGCCCAGCCUCGAAGAAUAUUGGCUGCUCGCGCAAGUAUACCGGCAACAGGCAACCCGCCACGGCGUCUUAUGGACUCUCAGCAAUAUUCCUUGGAACCAGGAGAUGCAUCUGCAUCUUUGUCAUCAUAUGGAAGAUUACGCAAAUCGAAGUCAAUGUACGCUCCAUCAGUAACAAAAAUACCCACUUAUUCGUUGGAGAAUAGUGACCAUUCCGAUGUGUUCAAUGGAUGGCAAACGUCGUCUCGAUAUUCGUCAUUCGCGAAGAAAGAGAACGAGCCUCUUUGGAGCCUAGGUGGGCCUUCACUGAGGGCUCCAAAAUCCAUGGCUUUUCUCCCACAUGGCCGCGAAGGAUCGAUAUCACGAAUAAAUAUUGGAAGUAACUUUGAAAUGUCUAACCAGCUGACCCAAAAUGGAUUCUAUGAGCCACCAGAAAGCUUGAGUCAUCUCAAAAGUCGACCCUCAAGUUUCUUUCGACCGAGCAACAAGCAUGGUUCAAACGUGGCGAGUUUUCCCAAGUCUCUUCGCAGUAGCAGCAAUAGCACCACAGUGCUCUCUCCAGCAUCUCCUUACGGUUCCAAUAACCCUUACAGCAUUCCUCCAAGGCAACCUACAUUGCGAACUACGGCUCGCAAAAUCUCAAAGUCACUCAAGAGCAGGAUCAAGGGGCUGUUCAGCCGCCCCAAGUCUACAGAUCAAAAUGUAAACCAAGCUGAAAAUUGUGCCCAAGAACGUGAUUCAAACGAUAGCAGUUGUUAUGGUACUCAGUCAUCGGUGCCAACGCGGUCAUCUAGGGAAGCAUCCAUGUAUCAAGUGUCAUCCAGGAUGCCUUCUUUCCAUACGGUGCCGGUGAGUCAGCAGCUCAAGUCUCGGCAGGGCAGCUUCGGAAGUGUGGAAAUAGAAGACAGCCUGCCAAACGACGAUAAAUCAAGAGUUACCAGCUGGACAGACUCCACAGCGGCGACAAUUACACAUCAGCCAAAGUCAGCUAACUGGAACCCUCAAUAUGCAUCCUCUUCUCAAGAAGCGGAGAUGGCGACAUUGCCUUCAUCUCGCAACCAUGUCUCGCUCCCAUUCGAUAAUUCAUCACGCAGAGGUCCUAUAGUCGAUAGCCAGCGUGUGUACUCAGCUCUCAUAAAAAGACUGCAGGAAACACAACAGCAUCAAAAUCAGUCAUUGAGCGAGAGACAUGCGACCUCGGAUGGCCCUGAAGUAGAUUCGCCGCGGAGCAACUCGACAAUAAGACGCCAACCUCGCUGGGCCAUGUAUCAAGGAUCUACUCACACUAUUCGCCAUGUUCAGCAAGAAGAUGAUGUCUUCCAGGAUCGCGCCGACAAGACUGUUAUAUCACGUUCUUCGUCAGUUUCUACUAGUCACGCCAUCAAAGGCCAUAAACCCACAUACUCGCCGCAGAAAAGCCUCAGUCACGAUGCUUGCCCUAACGAAGGUCUUGGUGAGAAGCUUAGGGCUCUCCCUAGUCAGGGUGAUGCAGAACCUCAGGUAGCUCCCGAAACGCAAAAAUCACUAAUCUCCAGCCGGAGUUCGGCUUUCUUUGCCAGUCCAACGUGUCACCUGUUCCGUACGACAAGCCCGUAUCGCCGCGCACUACAGGCCACGAUGAAGGCCACCCAGGCCAGCGAGCAGCCUCAAACGCCCGGUACCAAAUAUCUGAGUUCUUUGUCCGCUCUUAGUCUCCCUACGCGGCGCUCGAGCACAGAUGGAUCCAAUGACGAUGAACGAAUGGCAUACACGGAGAGUAUUUACUCCAACUCUAGUGAGAAGAACCAGAUUCAGAGCAACUACUUUUCAUCUCCGUCAAAAUCAAUUAAACAGACGCCGGUGAAGAAGGAUCAUGGAGAUGCCACCAUCUUCCUCCCUAUUGAAACACAAAGGCCAUCGCUCUCGCUCCCGAGUCGCCAAGCUCGAGAAGUGUCGUCUUCCAGCUCUAUUGAGUGGAAGACGUGGCUCAGCGCCAACGUGUCUAAGCUGGAAACCUCAUCCACCACAUUGAAAACAGACUUUCCCGAAGAGCCGUCGUCUUCCCCUCGCCUCUCUAAACAUGUUAGGGAGAAGACUGAGAUUGAAUCUGAAGAAGAUGAUUUGCCUCGGGACGUCUUGGGUGCCGGCUUGCCACUCAAGGUUGUAGCCGACAAAGAUAACCUUCCACAUGCUUCAACGACUGUAUCACAGCCACCAAAGUUUCAAUUUCCGAAUCCCUGGUAUUCUCAGUCUCCGGUUGCCAAUGAAAAUUCCCCACCGGCAACAGCCGCGCGGUCCAAAACUGUCUGUAGCAAAGAUACAUCCCCAGUUGGCUCAAAAGGCAAUUUGCGAACCAUCCCAUCGGUGCCCAAUGUAAAUACCUGUGUUACGACCAAUAUUGAAUCGCCAUUGGAGAUGCCGCGAAUGCGCUCUCUCAAUACACUUGCUAAACCGUGCUCACCUAUGAGCGACGAAAUACGACUUAAACGUCAGUCACGGACACGUCUCCGAGUCAAUGACGCUUCAGCCAAGUCUAGUCCUGGGUUGACAACCGCUUUUGAGAGGCAGUUUGGAGUCAGCAAGACCGGCUCGCCUGGGAUAUGGACGACGAAGGAGCCGUCGUGUAAAGCGGAUAGCACGCCUAGGUUCGAGGCCGAUGCCGGUAUUGAUGAUAUGGGGAGGCGAGAGCUCGAUGCGCAGGUGAUGGGAAGCAAAAGAAUGGUCGAUUUAUUCUUGAGUAGUCGACGCAAGAGAACGGUGAGUAGUCAGGUGGGACGAAGCAGCGAUAGUCUAUCAGCCGCCUUUAUCUAA